AUGGCUUCAGCCACCACUACCAUGUCGACCGCAGAAUCUGUCCCCGAAAACGCGCCUAUGGACCUAUCGCACCACUUUAACGCUACCAGUCGCUCGCGAAACUCAAAUGCCAUGAAGGAAUUAUACAAGUACUUCAUGACUCCCGGAAUGAUAAAUCUUGCUGGAGGUCUUCCAUACCCCGAGUAUUUCCCUUUCGAUACACUCGAAGCUAAGAUUGCACCCGCAACCCGCUUCAUUGCCGAGUCAGCAGCGAAAUACCAUUCGCUGCCACCAAAACCCUCAAGUUCCAUCUUUUCCCUCUUCUCCUCCAAACCAGCACCCACAGAACUAUCCGAAGUUCCAAAAACGGAACACUUCUCAAUACCCAAAUUCUCCGUUGGGCACACCGGUCUCGAUAUUGCCACUGCCCUUCAAUACAGCCUUGCCGAGGGCCUUACGCCACUCGCAGAUUUCAUCAAGGAUUUUGCGAUAAAUCAUCUUCAUGGGGGCAAAAUCCCAUACGCGAGUCCAGAGAUUGUUCUGACAUGCGGGAACACGGAUGGUCUCAGCAAGGCCCUCUCAUUAUUAGCAGAGAGAGGCGACAACAUGCUCGUCGAGGAAUACACCUACCCUGGCGGUCUGCAGACUGCUGAGCCGCUCGGUGUUGGUAUAAUUCCUGUAGCAGUCGACUCCCAAGGCAUGCUUGCUCGUGGAAAGGGUGGUCUUCGUGAUGUUCUGGAAAACUGGAACGAAUGGGAACAGGGCAAGCGACCACACAUGAUGUACACCGUUACGGUCGGCCAGAACCCUACCGGUGGUACCCUCUCCCUCCAAAGACGCAAGGACAUCUAUAAGCUUUGCGAGAAAUACGAUAUCAUCAUCAUCGAAGACGAUCCGUACUGGUAUCUCCAGUAUACCAGCUCCUCACACCCCCCAUCUUCUGCCCCUUUCAAGGGCCCGGAUGGCAAAUACUCCUUCAUGGAGGCGAUGACACCCAGCUACGUAACCAUUGAUAAAAGCGGUCGUGUCAUCCGUCUCGAUACCUUCUCCAAGACAGUCGCCCCUGGUUGUAGGCUCGGUUGGAUAACUGCGCAGCCGGCAUUUGUUGAACGCAUCACGCGCAUCGGCGAGGCAUCAACCCAAGCACCAUCCGGCUUCUCCCAGGCAAUGGUCUUUGAGCUGUUAAGUACAUGGGGUAUGGAUGGGUGGAUCAAGUGGCUCGAAAAUCUCCGACGCCUUUAUGAGGAGCGCAUGGUAAUGAUGCGCGAAGUGUUAGAGAAGCACUCCAACGCAGUUCUCCAUUUUAUCGAAGGGGACUCUAUCGUUGUGAAGAAGACCCGUGUAUAUGAAUUUGACUCCCCCGACGGAGGCAUGUUUAUCUGGGUGCGUGUCCUCAUCGAGUCACAUCCAGCCUAUACCGAGUAUACAUCAACCCUCGGCCACAGCAAACUCGACAUGAUGACGAAUCUGUGGUCAUAUAUUGCCGAAACGCAAUUGUCGAUGCCAUGUCCAGGCUGGACGUUUGCGCCAAAUGCAGAGAUCCGCGAAGGAAAGUCUGCCGAGAGGAUGCGAUUCUGCUUUGCUGCCAUCAAUGAAAAUCAAAUUCGGGAGGCAACAGAGAGAUGGGGCAAGGGACUACAGGACUUUUGGGGACUGGGGGCAAAGGACAUUGAUGAUUGGGGAAAGAGGCCAGAGAGUGUGAGGGGAGGAAAGGAGGGGGUUGUGUCUCUUGGGUGGACAGGAGGAAUGUUGGGUGGGUGCUAG